GCGGGUAGUUCCGUUUCCUGUGGCGCUGUUGCGGAGAGCGGUCUACUGUGGCGGUGGCGGAGGAGGCUCGCCUUGUCGUUGGGACUCGGCAUCGGGAGGCCUUGUGGGAUCUGUAGUCCCGGCUGCCUCGGCCCGCCGAGGGAAAGGAGGAGGGCGCAGCGAAACACCACACAGACCAUGCCCGGGUUCACGUGCUGCGUGCCAGGCUGCUACAACAACUCGCACCGAGACAAGGCGCUUCACUUCUACACCUUCCCGAAGGACGCGGAGCUGCGCCGCCUUUGGCUGAAAAAUGUGUCGCGGGCCGGAGUGAGCGGAUGCUUCAGCACUUUCCAGCCCACGACGGGCCACCGCGUCUGCUCCGAGCACUUCCCCGGCGGGCGCAAGUCCUACCUGGUGCGGGUGCCCACCAUCUUCCCCUUGCGGGGCGUCAACGAGCGCAAGGGCGCCCGUGGGAACCGGCGCGCACGCCACGCCCCCGCGCCUCCCCAGGCGCCCGCGGUCGCCGCCGCGCAAGCCGCGGUCUUGCUCGCUUUGCAGGAGGGAGCUGCUGCCGCCGCCGCGGCUGGGCAAGGUGUGCCCCGGGGAGGAGGCGCAGGAGAUGAUGUGAAGCCUAUGGACCUGACCGUGCAGGUGGAGCUGGGAGGUCCAGGGACGAUGCUCGGGGCCCCAGGGGCGAUGUUGGGAGGCCCCGGGGCAAUGAUCGGGGGCCCUGUUAGCCUGGCAUUCCUUACAGAUAACGGGCCAUUGGUGGACAGCCCGCCAGACCACUCCUACUCACUGUCGUCGGGUACCACGUCGGAGGAGUUGCUGCGCAAACUGAACGAGCAGCGGGACAUCAUUGCUCUGCUGGAGGUGAAGAUGAAGGAGAUGAAGGGCAGCAUCCGCCGCCUGCGCCUGUCCGAAGCCCAACUCCGUGAGGAGAUCCGGGAGAAGGACCGCCUGCUGCAUGCUGCCAGCAUGGGAGGGGUGGCUCGCAAGCGCCAUGGUCUCUGAGACAUAUGUGCCCUCCUUAGGAUUGGGGUCCUGCUCUUCAAGUUGCUUGUUUCAUGUAGGGCAGGGGACCGAGCACAAAUCGACCUGUGUGGUAUUGUUUGCAAACAGAAGUGGCAAGAAAUGCCCAAACAGGACGAAGGGGGUGGGUGGGUGGGUGGAGGCAGGCAGGCAGGCAGUUGUAGCAAGGACAAAUGGUGCUCCACAGCUUGGUGUGGUAUUGCUGCCCAAGAUACAUUUUUGGUCCCUUUCAGUCAGGUCUACACUGUGACAGGCAAAUCACCAGUUCUUGACUAUGUACUGACAACAUUUCCUUCUCCUGUCAGGAAGCCCAGGGUGUUGUGUGAGCAGGCCCACACUUAACUGGACCCACACACUCACUUUUUACAUGUUUUUCUGUGAGAAGUACCCACCAGGAGUUGGCUACAACAAUAUUUUUAUAUACAUAAAAAUAUGGGUACAGUUUGGAUUAUUGGUUAUCAGCUGAUGCUCUACUCGUAUUAUGUCCUGUUCAAAGCACAGUAGCAGACAGCAGCUGCUUUGGUACUCUCAGUAAUGUUGAUUCUGUGAGAGCUGGUCCAUUUUUAGCAUUGCUGGGAAAAUGUCUCUAAUAAAGCUGGAUGUUUCCAUUAAGUGGGUGGGUGUAGGGCUAUGAGCUUCUGUCACCAGUGGGAUUAAAUUUAGUGCAAAGCUAAUUUUGAGGAACAAUAACAGUUACUUUCUAGACAAGCACACUCGGGUUGUAAAUCAUUUACUCUGGAAUAGUCUAGUGAAAGUCAUGGCACUUUCCUAUGAUUAUUCUGCAGUAAAUGUCUUGGUGAUCAACGCCUUAGAAACCAUGGCCAUCAGUGGAUUUU